AUGGAACAAUCUAGUGUAAAGCAAAGAGUAAGUUGGAGGAAUAUGGAUGUGGUAAAAACAUUUUUGGAGACUUGUAUUCAAGAAGUAUAUCUACAUGGAAGACUUGGAAGUAGUUUAAAGCCAGAUUCAUGGAAUAAAGUUAGACUAGUUUUGGAGACUACUCAUUCUUUCUUUGCAACACAAAAGCAAUUGAAGAACCAUUUUGAUUAUCUAAAGUAUAAAUAUCAAACAUGGUUUCCAAUAACUAUGAAAAUAGGAAAUGUUUAUGAUCCUACAACUAAUACCAUUCUUAUGUCUAAUGCCGAGUGGGAUGAGUACAUUAAGGCUCACCCAAAGGCAAAAUCAUUGAAAAGUGCUCCUUUACCCUUUCCAGAUCUCUAUAAAGCUCGGUUUGAUGGUACUACUGCAACUGGAUUUUAUGGUUGGAGUCUUAGUUGUACAAUUUCUCGACCUAUUAACUCAUCUACAUCUCUUAAUAUUGAGACCGAUGCUUAUGCUGAAGAAAAUACACCUAUUAACCAAAAUGAUGAAGCUGAUAAUACUUCUCCAUCUCAAUAUUCAAUUCCUUUAGGAGGACAAAAGAAGAAAAGAAAGCUUUCAUCUCAACAUGAUAUUGAUGAUAAGAUGUCUGUUGCAUUGGAGUUGUUAAUUGAAAAGAAUAGUGGUCCUGAAGUUGAGAAUUACAUGGAAAAAUUGGAUGGACUUGGAUGGGAGGAGCCUUUGUAUAGUGAAACUAUUGGCAUACUUUGUGAAGGGGCAAUUGGUGUACUUGAUGGAACACUAGUGCAUGCUGUAAUCUCACUUGAUAAACAAACUACUUAUAGAGGUAGAGGAAAGGGAUGGAAAGGAGUAGCACAUGAUUCGCGAGUUCUAAAAGAGAUAGUAGCCAAUCCAAAUAAUUGUUUUCCAUUUCCUCUUCCAAAUAAGUAUUACUUAUGCGAUGCAGCAUAUCCAUGCUCUCGGAGAUUUUUACCUCCUUAUCACAAUGUUCGAUAUUGGUUAGGAGAUUAUCGCCGUAGGUGUGCUGUAACAAAAGAGGAGAAGUUUAAUCAUGCUCACGCUCAACUUAGAAAUGUUAUUGAACGUUCAUUUGGAAUUUUGAAAGCAAGAUUUCCAAUACUAGAUAAGAUAGCUCCAUAUGAGUUUCAUGUCCAAAGAGAUGUUGUUAUUGCAUGUUUUACAAUUAACAAUUUUAUCAGGAAGGAGCGUAUCAAUGAUGAAUUAUUCAAUCAAUUUGAUCAACUUCAAGUAAUCUUUGAGGAAGGACUAGAAGAACAAAUAAUGGAGGAAACAAAUGAACCCAGUUGA